CGCCUACCCGAUACAGUGGGAUUCGGCAUAACACACAAAAAUGGGCUAAAGUUAAACCCUACCAUCGCCAUUGAAGACUGUGAUUUUCACAUCUAAAACCCUUCGCCAUCCGCCAUGGCUGCGGCUCUCUCCAGAACUCCAAGACGCCUGUUUCUCCCCUCCAGAUUCCAUUCUUUCACAUACUCAACUACUCCUACUCCACCGCUUCAACCGAACUCCGAUUCCCCUUUCGCUUCAUUUCGUGCUGCUAAAUCCGCCAUUUUGUCUCAAUCAGAUCCCGAAAAGCUUGCCCAAUCCUUCAUCCAAGCUUCCAAGCUUCCUGCCUUCCGUCGCUACCGCCCAAUCUACCACCAUUCCAUCCGCAAACUCGCCCGUGCUCAACGCUUCGACCUCAUCGAUGGCAUCAUUCAAUCCCACCACAAAUCCCCCUCCGCCAUUUCUGAAGGAUUCUGGAUCCGCCUCAUCAUGCUCUACUCUAGCGCCGGCAUGGUCGAUCAAGCUCUCCACACUCUUGAUCAGGUAAUCCUUCACAAACCCUGUGAUUUGUCAGAGAAAUCGCUUUCUGCUGUUCUCUCUGUUUUUCUCGACAAUUCCAUGCCUGAGAAGGUCCAUGAGAUGUUCAGAUCCAUUCCGGAGAAGAUUAGUGUUACUCCGACGGUGGUUUCUUACAAUCAGGUAUCGAAGGCUUUUGUUCAGCAAAACGAUCUUCAAUCGGCUCGGAAUUGGAUCGAUGAGAUGUACAAGGAUGAUGCUAAGGUCGUCCCUAACAUUGACUCCUACAAUAUUUUGCUAGGAGCUCACUGGAACAAUGGCGAUUUGGUCGGAUUUGAUGGGAUUGUGAAGGAAAUUUCAAAGAGAGGUUUGGAUUUCAAUUUGGCUACUUACAAUUACAGGAUUUUGAGGCUGUGCAAGAAUAAGGAGUGUGCUCGGGCUAAGAAAGUGAUGGAUGAGAUGGUUUCAAAGGGUGUGAAACCUAAUUCUGGUUGCUAUGAUGCAAUCAUCCAUGGCUACUGUAAUGUUGGGGAUAUAGAAUCGGCUAUGAAAAUUCUGAAGAGUAUGCUGGAGGAUGGCUAUGCUUCUCCCAGUUCCCGGAGCUAUUAUAGUUUGAUUCGAAGCAUGGUUAAGGAGGGGGAGUUUGAUUUGGCAUUGGAGACAUGUAGAGAGAUCAUAAAGAGGAGAUGGGUUCCUCCAUUUGAGGCAAUGGAGGGUCUGGUUCGUGGGUUGGUGGAUAUGUCGAGGAUUGAAGAGGCAAAAGAGGUUGUUGAGAAGAUGAAGAAGAGGCUCAAAGGGCCUGCUGUGGAUUCAUGGGGAAAAAUUGAAGCUGCUCUUUCCCUGUAGACUGAAUGUUGGGUUGGGAUUACAGAGAUGUCUGUGAGACUGUGAUGUGUUUUACAUCCACGCACAUAUUUGAUUUUGAUAUGUUUUGUAGGUUAUAAGGGCUAGCGAACGAGCGACUACUGUAACUGUUGGAUUUAGAUUCAAAUAACCAUUAGAUAUAGACUCAAAAUGGGUUUGGUGCAAUACUACCAUUUCAUGACAUGGCCUUGUUUUAUACAAUGCUACUCAUUUGAAAGAUUUGAGAUGUGAUGGUGAUUAUAUUUAUGUAAGCCGGGCAACUGGAUGGUGAUUGAAGUUUUCUAUUUAACAAGAGAAAAGGCAUCACAGUCUCACUUAUAUCUGGCUUUGUUGCUGCUCCACUCGUCUAUCAUACUGUAUGGAAGUUGUUACUCGUUUGCUCUUCUUCUGCCUGUUUUUCCUCUGUUUUAAAAGAAAGGAAUGAUGAGUUCUACACUGUCACUACAAUUUUCUUCCUUGGGACUCCAUGAGUUGAAUAAUAGAGGUUAGAACCAACAA